AUGGUGCAUUUGCUUUAAUAUUUAUAAUAAAUAUAGAAAGGUAAUUUGCAAUUUGUUUGAUACUAUAAGUAUGUUGCAAUUUUUUACUUAUUGAGAUUAAAAUAAUCAAUUUAUCAAACAAUAAAAUGGAGCCCCCUAGAAUCAAAAGUAAAGAUUGCAAAACCCCAGGUUGCAAAAGUACAUCUGAAGUGUAUUGCAAUUGCAAUGAAUCUGAUUUUUGUAUCAACUGCCUUAUAACUCAUCUCCAACAAAAUAGCAGCACUUGCCAUAUGGUCCAAACUUUCGGCCUUCCCAAGCUUAUCUACGAAAAUUCAAUUUCGCCAAUAGAAAUCCUUUGCCACAAGCUUGAAUUGUCUUCUGAGGAUACUUGAAUUAUAAGAAAUUCGAAAAUCACUAUGAGGCAGCUCUUGAAAUUUACUAUGGCCCAAGUCUACUCCUUUGCCGAUCAACUUUCGCUAUCAGAAAAUACAAAAUACCGUCUUUAUGACGAACUUUACUACAUAAAAUUGGCCACCGGAAAAAUCCAUAUAAAAGACUGCCUCCAAGGCCCAAACAGUUUCCUUCAUUACAAAUCUGAAACCGACCCAAUUCCUUCUGAAAUGCCUCAAAACGUCAAAAAAGAGGUCAUAAAAGAAGAAAAUCCUGUAAUAAAAACCGAAAACGAUGUAGCUUUUGAAGAUCUUUUUAAUGAAGCUAACAUAUAA